AUGCAAUGGGCCACGCAGCACAAUAACUUGUUUAUGCUCGGGCACCAAAGGUGGAAUUUUGGAUGCACGAGGCUGCUGGCCCGUGAUUGCACGCAAAGCAUGAAGAUCGCUGGACUGCGACAUCAUCUCAAAAGUGCAUGGUGGCGGCUGCCAACCACGGUCCACUGCUUCGCACGCAAACGCCUUGGCAAUCUCCCAAGCAAGCUGGGGAGGAUAUGCAGUCUCUUCCGCGGUUGCAAAUGUUUUUCCAGUGUCGCCGUGCGCAAAGCCCCAUGGCAAGUGAGUGUGAGAGUCACUGACACCUGGGCACAAGCGAGAAACUUUUUGGAAGUGUUUGCAAUUGUGGGCCUGGCUGCCGUACGCACAAGCCUGAUGAAUUGUGAAAGUGUGGGGCAAACGAGGGACUUCCAAAAACUGGUUUGCCAAAACAAGGAACUCCGAGGGUUCUCCACGCAAAAGACCAAACCUCUAGCAUGGCACAGGAUCAAAAGUUUUGCUAGAAAGGCAUAA